AUGGGUGAAGGGUUGUAAAGUCAAAACACAUACGUUUGCUCUUUUUCUGAUUGCAGCGCCACGUUUAGGAAAUCAUGGAAGUUGGAGGCUCAUCUGUGCAAACACACUGGAUUGAAACCUUUUUCCUGCGAGAGCUGUGAGAAGAGUUUCUGCUCUCGCUAUGAGCUCACCAGGCAUGAACGAGUGCAUAGCGGUGAAAAACCACAUAAGUGUCCCAUGGAUGGAUGUUUGGAGGCCUUUGGGAAAAAUGCCACCAUGAACAACCACGUAGCUCGAGUCCGCCAGCACCAGGAAGACGGAUAUAAAUGUGACUAUGAAGGCUGUGAAAAGGAUUUCAGCAAGAAGAAACAACUAAAAGCUCACAAGUGUGAGCAUGGAGAACCAUUGGGUUUUCACUGCACAUUCAACGGAUGUGGGAAAGACUUUCGCAGUCGAGAAAAAAAAAGUUUCUUCUCAGAGAAGACUGUGUGUGAAAAGUGUAAUAAACUCUUCAACAACACCUGGUUUUUGCGCCUGCAUGAGCUGUGUGCUCACUCUGGGGAGAAGAGGUACUUCCUGUGCCCCAGAGACGGCUGUGACAGGAAGUUCACCCGUCGCGUUAAACUGGAGAGUCACGUACUGGGAGACCAUGAAGGGAAGAAACCCUUCUCCUGUGCAUAUGCUGGCUGUGGGAAGAGCUUUGCCUUGAAAGAAAGCUUAUGGCGACAUGGUGUGGUUCACAACCCUGCAGAAAGAAAGCUUUAGAAACGGAAGCCUAAAAAGGACAAGCCCCUCGCAGGUUGCACAGGAGGCCACCCGGUCGGCUGCAGAUGAUCAAGAAGAAACCAACAAGCUUGCUGCAAAGCUGCACAGCACAACUCUGGAGGAAAAAGUAUCUUGAAUCUUACUAGUCAGUCUAGGCGUGACCUUUAAUUGGGGAGCGUUCGUAUACUUCCUACUGAUUCUGAAAGUGUGAAUAAACCCCCACUCAAAGCAUAACACAAGCAGUCUUUCUACAUUUCUUUUGUGCUAAAGCUACUAGUUCAAGUCAGUGUAUGGGUAGCUAUUGCUACUAUUGUAGAUUUUUUUUUUAUGCUCUUGCUGAGAAUAAAAGGGUCACGAGGGUUUGGGGGGUUAGUUGUUACAAUGAGAUAUAAUGCUCUUCAUUGCAUCUGAGGCACAGCAGUUUGUUUAAAUGCUUUUUUUUUUUUUUUUAGAUUUUCUGGGAGGGUAAAGGAAGAUGGACUUCCAUUUUCAUUUAACUCUUUAAAGCGAUUAAGGAAAAAGUUGCUUCAACUUCUCAUCAAGUUGCAAUCACAAAAUUCCACUGGGUGCAUUUUAGUGGACACACGAGUAG